AUGGGCGUCCCUCUCACAUACACCAGACCGAAGCAUGUCGACGCUCAGAGUAUCGCCAACCGCGAAUCGGCCGCCGAUGUCAAGGCGAGUGGCUCGGUACACUCUGGCACAUCUGGCUCUAGCACCGGUAUACCCGAGUCUCUUGCUUUUGACAACAUCAUUAACGGCGGAACCUGCCCUCCCAUGACUGUUCGUGAUUUCAUGAACUAUCUCAUCUACAUUGAGCACGCGGCCGAAAACCUGCAGUUCUUCCUUUGGUACAGGGACUACGCCAAGCGCUUUGCUGAUGCCGACACCACUGACCUGCACCUAUCCCCCGAGUGGACACAGACCAUGGAGGACGAGGCAGUCGCCCGCAUCCGCAAGGAUAAUGCCGACAAGAUGCGUCCAGAGAACGCCGUGGCCGCUGAACUGUUCAAGGGCACAGAUUUCGAGAAGCAUGGCCAUGAGACCGGCAGCAGCAAUCCCUUUACAACGCCUACGCGCAUCUCGGACGACUCCCCCGACCAAGCGUCCGUCUACACGGCCUCCCAGGCGCCCACCACAGCCGUCAACACGUAUCGCUCGCAGGCCUCGGAAGCCUUUAACGCCGCUGGUGCCAAGCAACCCUUUUCUAUUCAGCCCUUUCGCGAGGAAAUUAACCGCGUCAUUGCCACCUACAUCAUGGACGGCGCCCCGCGCCAGCUCAAUCUUUCCGCAUGGGAGCAAAAGGCCGCCGUUCAGGCCCUCUCCCACACCACCCAUCCCUCUGCCCUGCGCCUCAUCAUCAACUCCGUCGAGACGAUGCUCCGCCGCCAAGCGCACCCCAACUUUGUCCGCUGGUCCAUCUGCAACGGCAACCCCGCUCGUGUUCUGUUUGCGCGCUGCCUCGGCGUGGGCACCAUUCUGCUCGGCAUCAUCGCCGGCAUCGUGCUUUGCCUGAGCGGUGCGGGACGCGGCUGGCGCGCCUUGACGGCUAUUGCCUUUGUUGUUGGUAUCAGCACCCUCGUUGCAGCCUACAAGGGCAUGUGCGUCGUCUUGCACGGCAUGCAUCACCGCCACGUGCGCCCCUGGGAGCUCUUUACCCAAGAUGUAGAAAAGGACGACGCCGAGAGCCAUAGCGUAUCCAAGACGAGUUUCGAGUCGUUUGGCUCGAGCAACAGCUACGAGGACGAGCCCUGGAUCGUCAAGUACGAGAAGCGCAACGUCGUUCGCAAGGUAUUUGACCGCGAGGUCUGGAUCCAAGAGCCGGCGCUGCGUCAGAUUCAAGAUACCAUUUUUAUCCAGGCAGUUCUUGCCUCGAUCCUCCUUGGUGGUAUCUUGACAGCAGUCUUUGUCGCUGUUCCUGGCGGCCACUUUUUUUAG